UGCUGUGAUCCGGCCGGGGCAUUAGGAGUUGCAGAAGUAGCGGACUUAAAAAGUUUCUGUCUGCUAGUCUGUUCGUCGUGAAAUAGCACUUCAUGAAGAGUCCCUGACUGCCAAAAGGGGAAAAUAUGGCUUUUUAAAUCUCUGACUGCCUCCGUCUUCACCGUAAAGCUUCGUGUGCUUUGCUUCAGCGGCGCACUUUUCCAAGACUAUCCAGAAACUAUGGGGUCUUCAACUCUUUCAUCCAACCUGUGCACCAUUUGUGCUUUUGAACAAUUUAAUCGGAGCAGACGACACGAUGGCGGCAUCGAUCCUUCGCAGGAAUAUUCCUCCCAUUUCCACAGGCGAGCUCGGCGCUCCCCUUCUCCGACAGGCUAGCAGCGGCCAAUCACGGCCAAGGACAGGGGCGGAGCCAGCAGAGAGGCAGCACUUAAUUGGUGAUGGUCAUUCAGAUUGGAUGACGGAAAAAGUUGAUUUGUCUUCAUUUGUGUCGACGACCGAGUCCUCUCCCAGCUCAUCCCUUCCACCCUCGCCGUUAGAACAAGAUGUCAAGGUGCCCUCGGAUCUGGAGGUCAUGACCUCUCUACUGCAGGAGGAGCUGGCUCAGCUGGAGGACUACUUCCGCUCCGAGUCCACAUCCGCCACAAACAAGUGCGAGAAAUCCUCAAAAUGUGACAAGGGUGCUCAAGGCAUGGGCUCCCAGUCUUAUUAUCAGUUACCCUAUGGCUCGUAUGGGACCAGCCAAUCAGAAACAAGCCCUGUGGUUGUUACCUUGGCAACAGGGGAACUGGACCUGGCCAGCUUCUGUGGCGGUCCCAUCGGCAGAUCCAAAAUAGCGCGACCUGCUCCAUACAACUACCACCACCGCUACCACCAUCACAACAAUGGGCGAAGAAUCCUCAGCGAGGCGGUGAAAGUCAGUGAAGAAGUUGGACUGGAUUCGUGGGGCUCCAGGGGAAGUUACUCAGGAAGCACAGAGCUGUCUGUGAACCACUACUCCACGCUGAAGACCGUGAGCAAGAGCAGCCUUGGCGGCGUCAAGAAGGUGAGAGAAUGUGCUUUAUCGUUGAAGGAAGAGGAGAGUUAUUGUUUCUCAGAAGGAAUGUUUUGCAGCGAAGAGAUUGCUCGAGGUUUUUGUCUGGGUGGCUCGUACGACAGCCACCACAAGCGAGAGGGACAGUUGAUGCACAACGUGAAGGUCAAUGUAAGUUACGACAGCACGGGGCUGGAGGUCCUGCACUGCAGCAAAGAUGGAGGACUUUCUGGGGGUAUUCCCCAAGAGACAAUGGUGGCCGGUGAUGGCUACUUCCACCAGUCGAUGGCCGGCUCGGAUCCUUACCAUAGCUUUAUUGGAGACCUCGAUCAGCCGACACAAGCACAGGCUGUAGAGCCCCAACAUGGCCACUACCUCUAUCCAGAAUGCCUUGCAGACCAGAGUUACGAAUGUCUGUCCAGAGGGGAGGCAGAGGGGACACUUCUAGGUGCCCCUAUCCACCGCCCCACCCAGAGGCUAAAGGACGAGCACUGCUCCGUCAAACCGGCUCUGGUGAUGGGUGCCUCUCUAGAAACCGGCUCUGGAGAGAGAAAGCAGAAGAAGAGAGACCAGAACAAAACUGCUGCUCACAGGUACAGGCUGCGUAAGAGGGCGGAGCUGGACUCUCUGGAGGAGGAGCUGCACGGCCUCGAGGGACAGAACCGGGAGCUUCGUGACAAGGCGGAGUCGGUGGAGCGAGAAAUCCAGUACGUCAAAGAUUUACUGAUUGAGGUGUACAAGGCUCGCAGUCAGCGGCUCAAACAGGACGGCAGUGCCUAACAAAAGAAACAAAAAAUGCCCACCUCCAAAACUGAGAGCACCAAGAGAAACAUCAAGUCAAGAACACCAUCUGGUUUUUGUCUUGCGAAAAUGAAAUGGUAGUUGCAUGAUUUUGGUAGUUCUUUUCUAAAAAAAAACAGAAAAUAUAUAAAUUCCAAGAGGAUGACCGAACAAAAACAAACCUUUCCUCCUGAUCAAAAACAAUGGUGACUAAACUCUAACCAGCCUUAGCGAGGUGGCUUCCAGAGGAGAUGCUGAACUUGUCCGUGACCACUGUGAUCCGAACUGCACUCACAGCCUUGUGAUGACUGCGCUUGCGACGAUUGAUCGUUUACAAAAUGCUCUUUGAAUUAGUAGUAGUGAUUGAAUUUUUGCUUGUGGUUUUUGUGACACACACACUUCGGCAGCAUUGAGGCAGAUCCAUCACUAAAUAUAUAUUUUAUUUUGUAUUUUAUUUUUACUUAAUAUAUUCAUUUAUUAUCAUUUUGCUUAAAACAAUCAAAUAAAGGGAUUGCUGGAAAAAAGUGUGUAACAUGCUCUAUGAGAUAUUCAUUAUCAGACACAUUUAAAGAUUUGUAUUGCUAAAAAUGUUGAGUAUUUACACUUCUUUACCCCCACUGAGAUACCCAAUGCAUGUUUGAUUUUGGAAAAAGCAUGUGCGAGUGUUAUUUGAAGGCAAUAUUCUGUUAAAUGCAUGGCUUCAAGAUUUCCACCGAGUUAUUCUUCUCAUCAGCCGGCGGCCUUUCUUCCCCCUUGUCGCCGGUGAGACUCAUGCUCAGGAUUUGGUUUUCUUCUCUGACAAACAGAAACAUUGCUUCUUUUCUUCCUCUUCUCUCUCGGCUGUAUUUUUGCGAUCAAACAAUCACCUGUUGACACAACAAUAAAUCGUUGUUGGGUAACGGUACGACUUCAUGGCAAUUUUGUUUUCAACUGAUCAAUUGAUGUAUCUGAAAUUCAGGUUAUUUUGGGAAUGGAUGUCAAUGUCAGGAAAUUCUACGUCAGGUAAAUUACAGCCAAAUAAAACACUAAUGUAGAAUCAUUCA